AUGGAGGUCACCGUCAUCUCUGCCGAGGACCUCAACGACGAUUCCUCUGUUUUUGGCUUCCGACUCCGUCCCUUCGUCACCGCGUUCGCCGGUGCAGCCGCCGUCGACUGCGACCGCCUCCCCACGCCCCUCCACCGCACGCGUCUCGCCGACGGCAGUGACCCCUCCUGGGGUGAUCUCCUGCGCAUCCCCCUCGACCCUUCCUUCCUCGUCUCAACCCGUGGCGACGACGACGACGAUGCCGGCAUCUGCCUUGUCGUCCUCUCAAAGCGGCCGCUCGGCGGCGCCGCCAGGCUCGGAUGGUGCCGGAUCCCGCCCGCCGACGUCCUCGACGGCCUCCGUCACACGUCCGCAAUCCGCCGCCUCAGCUACGCUCUCCGGCACCCCCGCCACGGGGGCCGCAGCCGCGGGGUGGUCCACGUGGCCGUGCGGCUCGUUGGCCGCGACAUCAACCGCCUUCUCCGGCCGCAGCCGGCACCGGCGCUUCCUCCGCAGCAGCCGGGGUGGGGUGGGGUAGCUAUCGGGAUCCCCGUGGUGGCGUUAGGAUCUCCACCGUGCUGGUCCGGCUUCGGAGUUGAUUCGCCCCCGUUAGCGGCGGCCAGGAUGCCGGGUUCGGCGAAGGACGCGCGGGCCUGGUCCUCGGCUUUGACUUUUGUUUGA